AACUUAUAUAUCCCACAAAAAUCAAUGACACAAUAGGCCAUUGGCUAGGGAGAUGAAGUAGAAGUCUAUGUAUAGGCAUGAGAGCUAGAGAGAGAUGAGAUGAAGAUACUCCACAAUUAUGAGUGCAUCAUAUCAACACGGAAAAUACACGGACGGUGUCUUUAGCUCAAGUGGUAAAAGAGAGUUAAGAGUUACGAAUUAGAAUUAGGAUCUGUUAAAGCUUCGAUACCCUUUGAUAUAACCAUAAAAUAUAAACAUAUGAUAUCAAUCUAUUCAAUCAUCCAUCUACGAAAAACGUGGCACUCCCCAAUUAGUCCAUGUGGAGCCCACGUGGCACUUAUCCGUUACGUGUGUAGGGAAAAGAUGAUUGUAUUAUAUCAAAGCGAACAGGAAUAUCUGAGGAAACCGCAAGGGAAGUUCCAAAUCUUUGAUGGGAAAAGGGAAAUAAAUGUUGUUUGCAUGAAAAGGGUGUGUGUUUUAUAUUGGUGAUGGUGUUACAUGGGCGGGCACUACCUGCAGUGCCGUCUUUUGUAGAACUACCAAUAUAAAUUUGGCUUCAGUUCGUGUGUGAUCUUCAUCACGUGCUCUGCUUUUCUAGUUUUCUUCCUCCGCAAAAUCUUAUCUGCUGCUUUGCUUUGUUUCAUCAACUGGGUUUUUCUUGGGAACUGCUUUUUUGGAGAGUACUUCUGUUUGGAGUGGCUUUUGGAGUUGACUCAGAGAAAGAAGGGAAAUAAAAUGGAGAGUGCUAAGAAGCAGAGUAGCGCAGCUUCCUCAUUGACUGCUGAUCUCUUUGGUGUCAAGGAGCCACCACCCAAAUCGUCUACUGGGAUUUUUGCAUCUAUUUUUCCACCUCCAUCUCAGGUGGUAGGAAGGAACUCUUCAAGUUCUGAGCUGACAGAAUAUUGGCAAAAACAGUCCUUGGGAAAUCAUGCAUGGAACACCAAGCAAGGUUGUCCAGCUAUAAGUAGCGAAGGUGCACGCUAUAGCUUACCCAACAAGGACCGCAGUUCAGUUCUUCAGGAAGAAAGAGCAGAACCAUGUUAUCUAAGUUCAUCUCUUUACUAUGGUGGGCAAGAGGUGUAUUCCCAGUCCCCAAGUACCCAUGCCUCUGGAUCCUACCCUAUAUUCAAGAAAGAUGGGGGAGAAGAUGAUCCAAAUGGAAGCAAUUCGAACAGUGCUGCCCGCGGAAAUUGGUGGCAAGGUUCGCUCUAUUAUUAGGACCUUUCCUUGCCUGGCCGUAUGAAUUCUUCAUCUAUUAUUCAAGGUAUUCAUGAGGCUUAGGUUUUUUAAGUAUGGAAGAAGUGUAAUAUAAAUAAGUGGCUGAUGUGGGCAUUGGUUGCAAAAAAUGCUGAGCAGGAAGUGCAAAGCUUUUAUGUCGGUAUGGUCAACUGUUUCUUUGGAGUUUUACCAAGAAGUUCUGAGUUUCCGAAAUGUUGAGUUCUUACUACUCUCUACUGGACUACGUUUCUAUAUUGAGUUUAAAAGUUUUUUUUUUUUUUUUUUUUCUGUUAAAUUAAAGCCUGCGAUGUCGUGCAGGCUAAUGGUAUGAGCUUCUUGCUCUUCUAUUAUGAACAUAUAUGCUUGAAGUGACUCUGGUUUCUUAUGCAAUGUGUUUUCUCAUUAUGAUGGGUUUAG